GCUGUCCCAUGCCUCGCACACUCACACACUCACACACGUACACUCCUCUGGCAGAGUGUGAACUGGGAGAACUUCUGUGGAGAACAGACCCCGAGGAUGGGGGUGAAGACUCAGGGCUGUUUCUCGUGGUACGGAAGGAGGAAAGAGCGGAAAAGAAGCAAAAACAGUCAGGAAGAAGCCCCUGCGUCCCCCACCCCUCAGGAGGAGAAGCCCAGACUCCGCUCCACCAAUUCUGUGGGCAGUGAUACGGACGGCCAGCAGACCCGGGCCUACUUCAGCGGCAAAGCCAGGGUGUCCUUCCGCCACGAGAUGGACUCCGCCAUGUUUGUGAACGACUCCACCUUCUGAACCCUCUCCGGGGGCCACUUAUGGGAUCUGGGGGCUUCUUCUUGCGCCAGAGUCCUGAAGGACUACUCCACUUAGGGACUGCAAUCUCAUCAUCCUCACUCAGAUACCAUGGAGGUUCUGUCCAGGACGCUCACAGGUGCAGCACUCAGCAUCCACCAGCAGGUGACGCCACUGAUUGUGAUGCAUCUGUAUAGGCUUCUAACAGAAGUGACACCUAGUGGCUGCAGCCAGUACUGCACUCGCCUCACUUUCCCAGACUUACCGGACUAUCAGGUGCCGGAGUAACAGACUUAUUUUUCUUAAGAAAAGGUCGAUGCCUGCGUCUGACAACUGGAGUCACCACAAGUCCCAGCACGACCGCCGAGAGUCAGAAUGGUGCAACAGUUUGUAAACUUAGAGAUUUUCGUGUAUAUUCAUAAAAAAUAAUAAAACGUUUUUU